AUGGAGCACUCUCAUCCCCUUAUUGAGUAUUUCAUGGAGACCAUGGUAGAUCCAGUAGUGACAGCUCUCAGAAAACAAAAUUGUUCUUGUGCAAAGCAGACGGCGACCACUUUGAAGACCAAAAUCGAGAAAUUUGGUGGAGAGCUAAUAGAUGAGAUAAGCAGAUUACAAAACACAACGGAAGUUUUACAAACUAUGAAUUAUCUUUUGGACACAGUGGAUGAAGUCACUCAAAAGGAAGCCGAAGCUGAGGAAACCGAGGAUGAAGAUGAGGCACCAGCACCACUUGUCUCUCCACCCUUAACUUCCGAUGAACCUUCCGUUGAUGGGAUGUCAAUUACUGAAAUGAUCCUUUUGAAUGCACUAUGCUCGCCGCCUGAUUCUGAACCUGAACGCAUGAACACCCCUAUCUCGAUCAACAUCGAGCCUAGUUCCGUUUUGUCACCAUCUCCACCGUCCUCAGCUGAUACUUCUAUUGUGAAAGAGAUGCCAUCCCGGAAAAGAGCAAAGCGAAGUUUGGAGGAUACUGUACAAAUGUUGUCAAAAGAGAAUUCAAUGUCACCUCCACCGCCAACAACCGUCCCACAUCUACCAUCUUUACCAUUCGUGCUCCCACAAGUGUCUGUACCAUUUUCCAACAGUGUCAUGAUGCAAAGAUGGAUGGGAUCUCCAUUUACCAACCCGGUCUAUUUGAAUGCGAUGAACAUGUUCCAGCAGCAACGACAACCUACAAAAUCGUCCGAGGAACACUUGGCUGCUUUGAUGAAAAUGAGCAUGCACGCCGCUUCAUUCAUUCAAAAAGUGAGCCCUACGAGAGUUCCACUGCAAUCCUCAGCCACAGAUUCGGAUGCAGAAGACGUAAAAGUUGAUGUAGAAAGUGACGAAGGAGAAACAGUAGUAUCCCCAUCACCAUCCACGGCUGACAUGACUGAAAAUGAGUCUUCGUCCUCUUCGAACAGUGGACCAAUGACCUCGCCAACCUCUGGUGAUGGAGAUGCCGCCGAGAAGCCAUUCAUCUGUAUGCAUAACAAUUGUGGAAAACGAUUUGCCAACAAGUUCCUUCUGAAAAAGCACAUGUUCAUUCAUACUGGACUGCGUCCACACACUUGUCCACACUGCCAUAAGAAAUUCAACAGAAAAGACAAUCUACUUCGUCAUAAGAAAACCCACAACCCGACGGACACUCCGAUAGUACCACACAUACCAAAAAAUGUCUUCCAUGGAAUACCGCAGCUACCAAAUCUUCAUAAUCUUGCUCUUCCACAAAGUUUCAGUCAUUUCCAUGCGUUGAAAAUGACAAUGGAAAAUGGUGCAACGGCAGUUCGCAGUUUAUCUUGA